AUGUCAAAUUAUUGCCGGAAAAAGUCCUUUUAUGCUGGGUAUUUAGCUAAAUUUAUGUUUACCAAACAUUGUCGAUCACAUAAUUUGGACCCGACGACAGAAUUUUUCAAACACGCUGGCAUACUCUAUCACAUGGACAAUACUGAACAUCACACUUUUAUCAACGGCGACAAUGGUGACGGUGACGAAGACAGUGGUGAAGAUGAUGAAGACAGUGGUGACAAUGACGAUGACAGUGGCGACAACGACGAUGACGAGGAACAAGACGGUUAA